GUCAUCGCAAGGCUCCUCCGUUCUCUCUCUCUCUGUACAGUCUCUGUACAGUGUACAAUCGGAGGAUUUGGCUUCACCAAAGCAACUCUUCACCAGAGAAAUUCCUCCCCACACGUGACCUUCUCUCUGCGGCUAUAUACUUAUUCCACGCUCUCAGUUGAGUAAUUUAUUUCGACCACCAUGUUCUCAGUAGCCAAACGUCGUCUCCAAGCUCUGAACCAGCAAUUGGUGGAAGGCAUUCCGGAUGCAGGGACAUUCGAGGAUAUUCCUAAAAUUCGCCAAGUGGCGCCAGAUUCAGUGGGGCCGCGAGUGAAAGACAAGGUUGCGAUUGUGACUGGUGCUAAUUCCCCGGCCGGCAUCGGUCGAGCCACCGUCCAUCAAUAUGCGCAUAAUGGCGCCAAAGCCAUUUACAUUUGCGACUACAACGACUCGCAUCUCGCCACACACAAGCGAGAGAUCGAAUCUCUUUAUCCCGGUGUUGACAUCCACAUUCGCCAAUUUGAUGCGGCAAACGAGGACGCAGUCCAGGCAGUCGUUGAUGAUGCGUUGCAGAAGUAUGGCCGGUUGGACAUCUUCUUCGCCAACGCUGGCAUUGUGGGCCAGCCGAAGAUGUUUACUGAUAUAACUGGGGCAGAUUUUAUGAAGACCCUAAACACAAACACCGUCGGCGUUUUCCUGGCCGCCAAAUAUGCCUCCAUUGCGAUGAAGCAGACCUCAACUUCCAAGCCCUACCCCGCCGGCUCGAUCAUCUGUACAGCAUCCGUAGCCGGCCUGCGCUCCAACGCCGGCUCGACGGACUAUUCGGCUUCCAAGGCAGCCGUCGUUUCCAUUGCCCAAACAUGUGCCUACCAAUUGGCUGGGACGGGCAUUCGCAUCAAUGCCAUCUGCCCGGGCCUGAUUGAGACCGGCAUGACCCAGAACCUGUUCGAUGCUGCUCGUGCUCGAGGCACGGAGCGGAAGGUCGGCCAGCUGAAUCCACUGCAGCGGGGAGCAGUUGCCGAUGAGGUUGCUCGGGUAGCGCUGUUCUUGGGGAGCGAUGAGAGUAGCUAUGUCAACGGCCAGGCAUGGGCCGUUUGUGGCGGACUGAGUGCUGGACACCCUGUCGUGCCGGGUAAAUUGGCGUAGGCUCCAGGCUACUGAACUAUUUAUCGACUUAAGAAUGAACAAA